AACAUCCUAGCCGGGUGGGCCGCAACUGGUUUAUUUCCAUUCAAUUCAGAGAGAGUACUCAGACAUACACCGAAACCCCCCGCUCAGCUUACCGUUUCCGUUCCGAAUGCUAAUAAGGUGGUGGGGUCGCAAGACAAAGUACCGCAAACACCUGUAACGCCAGUGACAGCAGAGGGUCUUACGCCAAUACACAAGCUAAUUAAACAGGAUGCUCAUAGGCUUAAUAAGAUCAGCAAACAGCGCCUACAUAGACACGUACAGAAGAUCGCAAGUGCCGCCCAAAUAUCCUUUGCCGAAUGUGCCCUUCUCCAGGAUCAAAAUCGACUCUUGGCUAAGAUAAACGGCGAAGCCAAAGUUCGCCGAUCGACCAAGUCAUUGAUCCUAGGGAAGGCGAAGGUGAUGAGCUUUGAGGAUCUCGGCGAGGCACGAGCGAAGCGUGAUGCAAAAGAGAAAGCUAUCGCAAGUAAGAGAAAACACGGGCGUAAGCGCAAGAGUCCUGUGCCAGAGGAGGCAGAGGCGGAUCCAUCAGCGCCAGAGGACAAAGUGAUGCGGAUGAGCGAAGUUGAGCCAGCGAAAGCCGUACAAGGACCGUCAUGGAGGGCACCAGUGGCGAAGAUGUACUAG